CAUAAAGUGUUGGAGGACAAGAGGGGUAGUAUCUAAAAUACAACCACCCAAAUGAGCACGCGGGGACAGACCAGUCCUCUGAGGAAUCUUCGCCAGAAAUGCGGUGGCAGCUGCACUAGUGACGAUGACCUGCCUGAGAUCAAGUUGAUCACCCAGCCUAUCAACGGUCUGCACUACAUCCGGAAUCGACUGAGACCACCGAAAUCCCGAAAGGGCAUUUACUACAGCACAGAUUGGGACAAGUCUGCGCUGGUCAGCAAUUUUCAGAAAAGAGGUUGGCUACAGGUGCCCUCCUUCAAUGGCGAAUGGAAUUUCUAUUGGGCGUGCACCCAGAAUUGCCGCUACAUCUUCGGCAUCGAUCAUCCGUAUCGCAUGCGAUCCGAUCAAGUCAUUAACCACUUCCCGAACUCCAUUGAGCUGUCGCGCAAGGAUUUGCUAAUCAAGAACAUCAAGCGGUAUCGCAAAGAUCUGGAGCGGCGUGGCGAUCCAUUGGCGCAAAGCCAUCCACCGGACACGAAACUGGGCAUAGGUGGUACCCGCUACAAGCACCUGGACAUCAUACCCAUGACCUUUGUCCUGCCCUCCGACUACCAGAUGUUCGUCGAGGUCUUUCAUCGCAAUCCGGCCAGCACGUGGAUAGUGAAGCCAUGCAGCAAGUCCCAGGGUGUAGGUAUCUAUCUGGUCAACAAGUUGUCCAAGCUGAAGAAAUUCGCAUACGAUGCGCGCACCUUCUAUCCGCAAAUCAACCGGGACACCUGCGUCAUUUCCAAGUACAUCGACAAUCCACUGCUCAUCGGCGGCAAGAAGUUCGACCUGCGACUCUUCGUCCUUGUGACCACAUUCAAUCCGCUCAAGGCGUAUCUCUAUAAGGAGGGUUUCUGCCGUUUUUGCACCGAGAAGUACGACGAAACUGAGAUUGAUAACGUGUUUAUGCACUUGACGAACGUCAGCAUCCAGAAAACGAACCAAGAGUACAAUUCCAUCCAUGGUGGCAAAUGGCCACUCCAGAAUCUGUGGCUAUACUUGGAUAGCCUGCGAGGCGAGGGCGUUUCGGAUAUGCUGUGGAGCCGCAUCACCGCCACUAUCAGGCACUCCUUGGACGCAGUGGCUCCGGUGAUGGCCAACGAUCGUCAUUGUUUCGAGGUCUAUGGCUAUGACAUAAUCAUUGAUAAUAACCUGAAGCCCUGGCUGAUCGAGAUCAAUACAUCGCCGUCUAUGCACUCGACCACCACGAACGACCGCAUGCUCAAAUCGCGGCUAAUAGACAACGUCCUGGAUGUGGUUGUUCCACCGAAUUGUAUGCCAAAUGAGCACUGGGAUAAAACGCCCAAUCCAGAGUUGCUGAAAAACUUCACCGUUCUAAUGCCCAUUUCGCCAUCUAAGCCCGAGGAGCAAGCCCCCGUUCGACGCAAGGGCAGAUUAUCGAAGAAAAAGAAGUCCAAGUCGACUGCUGCAUCUUCAGCCGUUUGCUCAUCCACUCCACCGCCCGCCGAAGGAGAGACCAAGAUUAAAAGGUCCAACAAGCUAGUAAAACAGUAGUGAUGCUGUGAAAAUCGCAAAUCCCUUAGUCGUUGGGUGGUUGUCAAAUGCAUAUCGUUUCGGACUGGUUCUUUAUGAAAAU